AUGUACUUAACACUUAUUAUUCUUGUUGCAUUGAUUCCAUCAAUAACAACUUUACAAUGUUAUGUAUGCAAUUCUAAUGAUAAUCCUGAGUGUACAGAUGUAAGUAAUUUGGCUUCAUUUGCAAAAACAUGUAAUGAAACUAUUGACCCAUAUUGUCGUACAAUAAGUCAAACAAUUAAUGAAGUAAAAAGUAUUGUACGAGCAUGUGGUUCAAAAGCAUCGUUAAAAAGUUGUUAUAAAACUGCUGGAUUUAAUAAUGCUAAUGUUUGUUCAUGUAAUGUGGAUCUUUGCAAUAAGGCACCAAAUUUCAAUCGACAACAACAAAUAAUGACGAUUCUUUCAUCAAUUAUUAUUGUGGCAACAACAAUGGUUAUGCUUCGUUGA